AUGCCCCAGAAGAUCGAGGAGAUGGUCCAGUGUUCAGAGGUGAACUUGGCUGGGGUCCUGGGCUCGGUGUUGAACACAGCGACUGGCCUCGACAUCCUGGGCAUGCUGCCCCUGGACACCAUCACGAACCUGGAAAUCCUGGAUAAUGUCCUGGGCAAGGGGGAUGCCGCCAAGCCCAAGGACAAUGCAGGUGCCCUUGAAGCUCCUGCCCUCGCACCUGUGGACACAGAGGCCCUGGCCAGCCCUGUAUCCAGUUUCCUUCCUGGCGCGGCUGCUGCCGCCGAGCCCGUCUCCGAACUCACAGGACAAGUGAGUUCAAAGGUCAACGACAUCCCAGGAUCAGGACCCGUUAAAAGUGUGCUGAGUAAUGGCGUGUCCGGUGUGACUUCCAAGCUCACAGACUCCGUUGGAGGUUUGCUGAAGAGUGCAGGUGGCAAGAACCUGGGCAAUGUGGUUUCCCAAGUCAAGGGCCUGACUAAAACGUCCACUGACCUCGUCAGCAACGUGUUGCCAUCCGACAACCCCUCUGAGGCCUCAGGUGGCCAGGGAGGCCUGGAUGUGAGCGGCUUAUUGCUGGCCCUCAAAGUGGGGAAAGUCACCGUAGAGAACAUCCAGUACUCGAUGACAAACGACGGGGUGGAAGUCCAGGCCACAGUCACCGCUGAUGUGCAGUCUGAAGGUGUCGCUGCAGCUGUCAUCAGUGUACUUGGGUUCCAGGUCGAACUCCUCCUAACAAUGACGAUCACCAGUACACACGACCACACCAACAAUACUGUCCAACUCGAAGUCGAGCAGAAGACCAUGGAGGUCACAAAAGUGACCAUCACACUGGUGAAGACGGUCACGGGUGCUUUGCCUCUGCCUGUGCCCGUGCCUGUGCCCUUGGACAGUGUUGUGCUGAUGGUCCUGUCUGUGGAACUGAGUGAUAAUGUCAAAAAAUCCCCUUGUGGCGCCCUACUUUUCGAGAUCGACUCGGCCAAGAAUGUGACCGGCCAGAAGUUCCAUUAUACCAUUGCCAAGACCAAGAUAUUCGAAGAAGGUCUGCUCGUCGACUAUUGUGGCAAAAGGGUGAAUAACUCAGACUGGAUUCCUGGAAAUAGCCUUCCUAAGCAUCCUAAAAAUGCCAGUAUUUCUCUCAUCUUGGCCCACAAAGCUGUCAGGAAACAAGUCACUGUCUGUGCCGAGCCAAUCCACAUCAAGGUAAGGGACAUCGAAGUCAGCAUCAUCAAACUCUCCUAUAGCUACCCGUCAGAAGGAAAACUGCAACUGAUCAUCGAGUUUCAGUUGAGGAAGGACGGUGAGGCCUAUGGCAUCGUUUUGAUGGCUGUGCAGUACGCCUAUCUGAGCAGGAAUGAAAAUGGCAAAAUGGUGACAGACAUCAAGCUCAUGAGGACUCUGUCUGAAAGAAUUACACCACCAGGAAUAACAGAUGAGGUGACCAGCCUGCUGCCUACAAUGUUGGAGAAAUCGGUUUCUGCCAUAACUGAAUGUUUGAAUAAAUGGAACUUGCCACCAGGAGUGUCCUCCAAUCCUGUGCCCUCUUCCAAGAUUGUACCUAAGAAGACGGUGUCCUUAUCUCCCAAGCCAGUAUCUCCCAAGGUCAUCUCCAUGUCCAGAAAUGAGAGUUUCAACCUGGUUGACCUAUCAAGUGAUGACAAGGCAACGUUGAAGUCUCCAAUUAUUAUUGUGUGCUUGUGGCCCACCAGGGACCCCGUCAGUAAUUUGCAGUUCUCGAAGAGGAAUCCAGCCUGA